GCAUAUUGGAGCCUUUUUGUAAGGAUUUCUGGUUGAUGUAUGUACUAUGCCCUAUUUUCUUUCUAACCAACUACUUGUUUACAUGUGUUAAAAUCCAGGCCAGGCUGGGUAGAGGAGUUGACUGUGGCACCAGCACUGUAAACAUCUGGUGGAUUUGGGAACAGACCCUGUAGGAAAUGGAGCUCAUGGGCCUGGUUAAAGGUGCUUGUCACAUGGUAUCUGUAACGCUUAAUCAGGACUGGGAUUUUUGCAAACAAGACUUCUCUUUCUCCUCUUGCUGCAAACAGAGCCCUUUUCUUCUAAUGGUCGGAAUUUGUCCAUUAAAAAGGUUGUGAGUAACAAAGAACUCUUUACACAGCUUUGGAACAACUUGGCACACACGGUUGUGUAGGAGGGGCUUUUUCAGAGCAACAUGCCUUCCACACAGUAUGUUGUUAGUUGUCUGGCAAAAAAGGUUUCUAAAGGGGGAGAAUCCAAACCGAACCAAAUGCCUUCUCUUUGGAAUUGCUGGAUCUGUAUAAAUAUCAGGAAUAGUUCCACCUCUGCGCUGAACAAGGUACUUCAAAGCAAAUAAGUGGCGAUCAAAUCCUUGACCUGGAUAAAAAAGAGGCAGAUUCAUUGAAUAUAAAGAAGACAAGAUUUCCCAACAAGACAUGAACGAAAACUCCCCAGAGCUACAGCGAUUGCGACUAGGUGAAUGAAACAGCCUCAGGAAAUGGAGGAAGAAUAAAUUCAAACGGCUUUGGAUUUAUAAUGCAAGCAGCUUUUGUGGAGUUCCAAGGAAAUUUGCUUUCGUGCUUCUGGAUUUAAAAUCAUGUCUGUUCACAUUGUAGCCUUUGGGAAUGAAAGAGAUGGAUUUUCCGAGGAUGAUCAGCAGAAGAGUUUGAUCUGGACCUAUCUCGGGAGAAGUGCUUUAGUUUCAGAGACUGACAGUAAUUUGUUAUUAAACUCUGCCAGUUACCUUAGAAAUCCUGCAUUCACCGAGUAUCAAGCUUGUGUGUUUGGAAAUGUCAGAUUGGUGAUACAUGACUGUCCUCUCUGGGAUAUUUUUGAGAGUGACUGGUACACAUCUCGGAACCUCAUUGGAGAAGCAGAUAUCAUUGUGAUUAAAUAUUCUGUAAAUGACAAGUCUUCAUUUCAAGAAGUAAAAGAUAUUUAUGCACCACUGAUAAAGAAAACACUUAGUCACUGUUCAGUUCCAGUUAUAAUUUCUGCUGUUGGUGCAAGACAAAACGAAGUCCCCUGCACUUGUCCUUUGUGUAUCUCAGAUAGAGGUAGCUGUGUUACAGCUUCUGAAGGAAUUCAACUUGCUAAAGAACUAGGAGCCACUUACUUGGAACUGCAUAGCCUCAAUGAUUUUUACAUAGGAAAAUAUUUUGGUGGGGUGCUGGAAUAUUUUAUGAUACAAAGCUUGAAUCAGAAAUCAUCUGAAAAAAUGAAGAAAAGGAAGAAAAGCCAUAAAUGUCAUGGAGUUAAGCCACCUCAGCUUGAUCAGCCAGAAAAAAUGCCUAUCUUAAAAGGCGAAGCCUCACAUUAUGACUCUGAUUUACAUAACUUGUUGUUCUGCUGCCAGUGUGUUGAUGUGAUAUUUUACUCUGAAGACUUGAAGGAGGUAGCAAAAGCACACAGGAUUGUUUUAUGCUCUAUUAGCCAUGUCUUCAUGUUGCUUUUUAAUGUGAAGAGCCCAACUGACAUUCAGGAUUCUUCUAUCAUUAGAACUGCUCAAUCUCUCUUUGCAGCCACUCAGGAAACUCUGUUUCCCAUAUUAAAACAUGGCACAUCAUGUGGUUCACCAGUAAGAGUCAUUGUUAAAGACUCAUUCUUCUGCUCUUGUUUGACAGAUAUUCUGCACUUCAUUUAUUCAGGUGCUUUUCAAUGGGACCUAUUGGAAGAGCACAUUAAAAAGAAACUGAAAAAUCCUGGGAAUGUUGAACUUGUUCUUGAGAGAGUAAAAUGUAUCUUGAAAAUUCCAGGAAAGGUUAAUGGUUCACAAAAUUAUAGAACUUAUUUGUCAAAAAGACCGCUACAUUUAUGUAACAGUUCUCUCAGACUUUUCUUUAACACCACGGUAUUAGCUGAUGUCAUGUUCAAAAUACAAGGUGCUACAGUACCAGCUCACAAAGCAGUCCUGGUGGCUCGCUGUGAAGUAAUGGCUGCUAUGUUUAAUGGCAACUAUAUUGAAUCAAAUAGUUUUUUGGUUCCAGUUUAUGGAAUUUCUAAAGAUACAUUUCUAUCUUUUUUAGAGUAUCUAUAUACAGAUUCCUGUUGUCCAGCCAGCAUUCUGCAAGCCAUGUCACUUUUAAUAUGUGCUGAGAUGUACCAGGUUUCAAGGCUCCAGCACAUCUGUGAGCUUUAUAUAAUAACACAACUCCAGAGCAUGCCUAGUAGAGAAUUAACAUCUACGAGCCUGAGUGUGGUCACCUUGCUUCAGAAAGCAAAGUUUCAUAACUCGGAUUGUCUUUCAAAUUGGCUGCUUCAUUUUAUUGCUUCUAAUUACUUAAUCUUCAGUCAGAAACCUGAGUUUGAAGAUCUUUCAGGUAACUGA